AUGGCUUCGUAUCAUACAGUUCCAGCAGAAGAUCAACCUACGUUGGUGCCGCUAUUUAAGCCUCGAAAAUCCCGUUCAGUGCUAGCAACUGUCAUGCUCACCAUUUGUAUCAUUACCUUUGUUUUACAGACUGAACUCGCUCAAUUUGUUCAGAAAACUACCAAUUACUCAAAACCCUACUUUAUAUUAUACAUUAGUCACUCUUGUUAUGUAUUCAUGAUUCCACUGCAACUCAUAGCGGAAUAUAUCCAACACAACCACAGCCAUCAGCACACAUCCAAAGAUGCCAGCCUGUAUCAACGAAUCAUUGAAACAGUAAACAAAAGCAAAACAUCUGUAAAUAACUCUCUUUUGGAACUACAAUACAGAGUGCAAGGAGAUCAAGUAUUCCCUCUUGGGUUCGUCAUUAAGACCAGUCUAUGUCUGUCCGUUCUGUUAACUCUACCGGCUUACAUUUGGUAUCUCAGUGUCAACCUCACUUCCAUGUCAAACCUUACGGCCAUCUACAACACAGGCUGCUUCUUUGCUUAUUUGUUUAGCAUCUUGAUGUUACAUGACAGACUAGUUGCCGCCAAAGUCGGCGCAGUAUUGUUGUGCAUGGCAGGUGUAUUGGCCAUGGCGUGUUGGCCACAACAGGAGGUUAACGAUGGCGAGGACAUUUUGCAACAAGCAAGAGGCAUUGGCAAGGACUGGAUUGGCAUUACGGUAGCUUCUGUGGGUGCUGCUCUCUAUGGAUUCUAUGAAGUUUAUUACAAAAAGUAUGCAUCACCUACUCAACCCACAAUUUUGUUUGCAAAUACUAUCACGGGCAUCAUUGGAAUUGUCACAUUUCUGCUGUUAUGGAUACCCUUCCCCUUGCUUCAUUUCACUGGUAUUGAAACAUUCGAGUUACCCGACUUGUCUACAUUUGGGUAUAUAUUGGCCAUUGCAUCAAUGAGCGUGAUCUAUAAUGCAACCUUUAUGGCAGUCAUUGCACUGGUCAACCCUGUAUUUGCUGCUGUUGGUGUCAUGUUGACGGUGCCUGCUGUGGCAAUCACAGAUGUGUUGGUCACAGGCGUCAUGGUGCCUGCUUCUACUAUUGUCGGAAGCGCUUUAAUUUUGAUUGGGUUCUACAUUUUAAAUAAGCAGGUUGGAGACGAAGAGAAAAUAGAUCAAGCCUUGGCCUUAGAAGGACAAGAGCAUCAUUGA